GCUGAAAAUGUCAAGGUCAAGAUUAGUUGAACCAGGGACCGUACUGUUUAGGAUAAGACCCAAUUCUUGUCCGUUCUUUACAGGUCUUGCUCCAUCUUAUAGUGAGAGAUAUUCAAAAGAUGCUUUGGAGAAAUACAUAACACAAGAUGAGUUUGGGGCAAUAGUCAGGGCAAUAAAUGGUACACUUUUCGAGUAUUGGCCUUGCCCUUUAUGCUUCUACGGUUUCGGAGUCGUUCUCGGAAUCCUCACCCUCGGACUAUGAUGAUUAUGCCCUUACCUUUGAGUAAGAGAUGCUAGAUCAAAACUUAUGGAUCACUUAGUUUCCUUAAACAGAAGUACGCCAUUUUUUACUCAAGUCUUAUAAUCUUUUAGAGCUCAAGGCUAAAGGCAUCAAACUGGUUCUUAAGGAGAGCUGAUUUUGGAGAUCAUCAAUAAAUGUAGUUAAGACUGAUGAACGAGGUUCUGAGUAUAAGGU